AUGUACAAUCUUGUCAUUUCUCUGCAGGUGGAGGACCUGAUCUCAGUGGCCAAGCAAAGUGGCCUGCCAGUCAGAACAGUGCAGACCUGGUUCCGGCACCGGCGGGCCCAGGACCAUCCCAGACUUACAAAGAGGUUCUGUGAGGCGAGCUGGAGAUUCACGUUCUAUUUCACAUCAUUCUUCUCUGGCGUGACUCUCCUAUACGACAAGCCAUGGGUUUGGGAUCACACUUUGUGCUGGCUGAGAUAUCCACAACAGCCUCUCCUACCUGCAUUGGGCUGGUUCUACCUGCUGGAGCUCUCCUUCUACUGCUCACUGGUCGUCACCCUGCCCUUCGAUGUGAAGAGGAAGGACUUCAAGGAACAGAUCAUCCACCACAUUGCCACCAUCACUCUCAUCUUUGUAUCCUACUGUGCCAACCUGAUACGGCUUGGGGUGAUGAUCAUGCUGGUCCACGAUGCCUCUGAUUACCUUCUAGAGCUGGCCAAGGUUCUCCAUUACAUGAAAUGGAAGCGGGUCUGUGAAGCUGUCUUUAUAGUUUUCGCUGUGGUGUUCAUCAGCUCCCGCCUUGUCAUUUUCCCACUAAUCACAUACCAUUACUAUGUGACAAAAUUUGAGAUGUUCUUCCUAAGCUGCCUGAUAAAUGCUUUCCUGGUGAUCCUGCAGCUGUUGCACAUUUUCUGGUCCUAUCUAAUCCUCCGGAUGACCUUUGGUGUCAUCCUGUAUGGUGCGAAAAAAAAAGAUGCAAGAAGUGACACUGAGGAAAGCGAUGGGAGCGAAGCAGAGGAUGCAGCAAAGAACAAGUAGCACAAGUUUGUUAUCAA